AUGUCUAGACGAGCUUUAAAGAAUGUUGCUCUUGCUUAUCUUGCUUCCCAUGAGGAUCAAGAAUUCACCGACCUUGCACUUCAAGAAUACAAAACUGCUACAAAUAUGACUGAACAGUUUACAGCAUUGGCAUCCAUAGCCCAGAACCCUGUUAAAAUUCGUGAUGAUGUUCUUGCUGACUUUUAUGAUAAGUGGCAGAAUGAUUACUUGGUUGUGAACAAAUGGUUUGCUCUUCAAGCUGUGUCUGACAUUCCUGGUAAUGUUGAGAAUGUGCAGAAACUGUUAAGCCACCCAACAUUUGACUUGCACAAUCCCAAUAAAGUGUACUCUCUCAUUGGAGGUUUCUGCGGGCUCCCUGUGAAUUUCCAUGCAAAGGAUGGAUUUGGCUAUGAGUUUAUGGGAGAUAUUGUGCUGCAACUUGACAAAAUAAAUCCUCAGGUUGCAUCAAGAAUGGUGUCAGCCUUCUCAAGAUGGAAACGUUAUGACGAGACCAGACAAAAACUUGCAAAGGCCCAGUUGAAGAAGAUCUUGUCUUCUAAUGGCCUAUCAAAGAAUGUGGUAUAG